CCAGCAUGCAGGAGUGUAGGGUGGGGGUUUACGCUAUGUUGAGUAAUGUCCUCCACACUGACGCCCUGUAUGCCAUUAGCAUGAAUAAAGACAUAGUACGGUAGGCUCAAGACACUUGGCAGCCUGGGACUCUGGGAACAUGAUUUCAAAUAACAACUCCAGUUGUUCACAACAAACUAAGUUUAAUCUUGUUCAAGUGAAGGGAACAUGGAUUCGACAAAGUGACCAGUUCCAGCUGGCAGAGGGAAAGUUAUCAGAUGCUAAAAUCUAUGAGAACAAGUCAGAACAUGGGGUUUCCUGGACAGUGGUCAGCCCUGUUGUGUUCACCUACAGAGUUAUUCAGUGCAAAAACAUACUGGAUCCCACGAAUGACACACUGCUCUGGGGUCACUUAGGAGAAGAAGAACUUAAACACACCUUAAGUAACUGCAAACCACCGAAGCGAUUUGUUGUCAUUGAUGAAAAUGUCAAUAAGCUGUAUGGCUCCCAGGUUUCUCAGUACUUUAAAGCCAGAGGGGUCGUUUACAAGAUUCUCCCUCUGCCCACCACUGAAGAGAACAAGUGUAUGGAGUUAGUGACCAAGAUCCUGGAGGAAGUUCAUGAGUUUGGUAUCGACAGACGCUCCGAGCCAAUCGUAGCCAUCGGCGGUGGAGUUUGUCUGGAUGUGGUGGGCUUGGCGGCAUCUCUCUAUCGCCGAAGGACCCCGUAUAUUCGAGUGCCGACCACUCUACUUUCUUAUAUCGACGCAAGUGUAGGGGCAAAAACAGGAGUCAAUUUUGCCGGCGGGAAAAACAAGCUGGGAAGUUAUGUCCCACCAGUGGCAGCCUUCUUAGACUGCUCAUUCUUCCAAACUCUCCCACCACGUCAGAUCUCUAAUGGGAUGGCAGAGAUGUUAAAGGAGCUCACACAAUGCUGUGCAGACAGAUAUGGUAUGUGCAGCUCCGCAGGGAUGGCUCUGAUGAAGCACCGGGGCCUGUUUGAGUUGAUGGAGACUGAGGGCAGGAAACUGCUGCAUACCAAGCUGCAGGUUUGCAAGACCAGGCCUGAACAGGAAGACAGCGCCACAGCCAUCAUCCGCAUCGCUAUAGAAACCAUGCUUGAGGAACUGGCUCCUAACUUGUGGGAGGAUGAUCUGGACAGGCUGGUGGAUUUUGGUCACCUCAUCAGCCCAGAGUUAGAAAUGAGAAUAUUGCCAGCACUGCUUCACGGAGAGGCAGUCAACAUCGAUAUGUCCUUCAUGGUAUAUGUGGCCGUCCAAAAGGGACUUCUCACAGUAGAUGAGAAGAAUCGUAUUAUCCAAUGCAUGCUGAGUCUGGAGCUUCCUGUGUGGCACCAGGACUGCACUCUGGAGCUGGUGCAGAAAUCCCUUAAGGAGCGUCUGAAGCACUCUGCUGGCUCUCUGAGGAUGCCUCUUCCCACAGGAUUGGGAACUGCAGAAAUCUUUCAUGGUAUGAUUGGUGAUGGAAUUCUUUGCCAAGCCCACAAGAAAUGGACUGAUGAGCUUUCUUCAUCAGGAGACAAAUGAAUUUUACAUGACAAUAUGGACAAUAUAGACAUGAUAUGGAUACACAACUGCUGCUGAUUUCUCAAUUGCAUGUCCACCACAUCCCCAAAGGAGGGUUACAGGACUGAGAUCUUGUGACUGUGGAGGCCACUGAGUACAGUGAACUCAUUGCCAUGUUCAAGAAACCAGUUUGAGCUGAUUUAAGCUUGGUCACAUGGUGUGUUAUCUUACUUGAGGCAGACAUCAAAAGAUCCUAAAGGGAUGGACAUGGUCAGAAACAAUACUUAGGUAGACUGUAGUAUUUAAACAAUGCUCAGUUGGUACUAAGAGACCCAACGUGUGCCAAAAAAAU